AUGGCAUCAAACGUUGAAUCCUCCAUUCAUAGGGGCGGUGAUUUCAUCCACGAUUUCGUCUGUUCCGCUUGCGAAGAAGAUAGACUGAACACGGAAGCUCAACAUUUCUGCUCACAGUGCACAAAAUAUUACUGCGAUAACUGUGUCCCGGUUCACAACAAACUGUACAAGAGACACGCGGUGCUCGAUCGGAAGGACGUAAAGAAAUGGGCGGCGGCACCAGGGACGGUGGAUGCCAUGGAAAGAUGCGAGAAACACCCCGGUAAAGCAUUGGAGCUCGUGUGUGUCGACCAUGACAAGCUAUGUUGUCCGGUGUGCGUCGCUGUAGGUCACAGACAAUGCGCAUCGAUACUGCACAUUCCAGACGUUGCAAAGGGCAUCCGCAAAGAUCCAAUGUUUACACAACUACCAAAAGAGGUAGCUGAUUUAAGAAAGCAAUUAGAAGACAUGGAAGACGCCAGAACGAAAAAUAGCGCCUCACUGUGGGAUACUCGAGCUGUCAUUGUUGACGAAAACAAGACAAUCCGUGAAAAUAUAAACGCCAGUCUCGACAAGAUGGAGAAAACAACUGUAGACGAGUUGGACAGCCUGAUAGCGAAACACGAAACGGUCAUAAAGAAAGAUAUCGACUUCUGCAAACAAAUGCAUGAAGAUCUGAAGAGCUUGAUGGAUGCAAUUGAAAACAAAAAGUCGUCAGGCGAACCCACUUUGUACAUUGGAGUUAAGAAGUGUGGAGACAAAAUGAAGGAAGCAAGAGCACAUGUACAUAGAAUGUCAUCAGUUGAAACAUACUAUCUAACAUAUCAGCCUGACAAAACAAUAGAGAAAUGGUUCUCCUCUCCACAAAGCUUUGGAGUGCUAAAUGAAUGUGUUACUGUUGCAGCACAAUUCCCACAAGAACAUGUUUUCCAAGUGCUAGGAUCCAAGGAGUAUAAUGUUAAGAUGAGUUCCGAAACCCUUGAAUGUGAUAUCGGGGGCGUAUGUGAACUUCCUUGUGGACAGGUUGUUAUCACAGACCGGAACCACAGUAAAGUAAAACUUCUAGACCGGGAGUACUUGGUUGUGGACGUCUAUGAUGUCGCCAGGGCUCCUUGGGGGGUGUGCCACAUUUGCGGGGAUGAAGUUGCCGUUUGUGUAAAUUACUUUGAUCAAAUAUGCGAACUUCAGUUCAUGUAUGUUGCAAUAGGGAAACUCUUUGUAAGGAGGAAGUUAAGUUUUAAUCAUAAAUGUUUUGCCGCUGUUUACCACGGGGAUCAGCUAUACAUAUCCUCCGGUACCGCUCUGUACGUCUACACGAUGUCGGGACAGCUAGCGAAGAAGCUGUACGAAGACAAAACAGAGAGUGAUGCGGUUGAGAAAUGUGUAAUCAGUAACGAUGGGAAGAGAAUCUACAUCACAAACCCCUCCAAAAAUCAACUGAUCACACUAGACAACAUGGGCAACACGCUGGCCACAUUCACCGACCCUGACAUGAUACAGCCUACUGGAAUAGACGUGUCACCUGCCGGUCACGUGUUUGUCUGCGCAUGGGACUCCAAAACAGUGCUGCAAGUUGACAAGGACGGGAAGACGAAGUUGACCACCCUAGCCAAAAAAGUAGACGGAGUGUCCUGCCCCAAAGCUUUGUUCUUCAGCAGCCGUACUUCCUGUCUGUUUGUCGGCAGGUGGAAAGAUACGCUUCUUGUCAUAAUGCUGCAAUGAAUAACAAUACAAAUAUGUUUACGGUAUUCUGUAAAUUGAAAGGAACGAACUACGUGGGAUUAUAUUUAAAGAAUCCUUAUCGAUUUCUUGUCGAUGAUUUGGAUAAUGUUUAACUCUCAUUAAUGUGGAUAAUAACUCUCGUUAACAACAUUCUAUAUUUUCCCGUUUUGAAUAAUAUAUCGGUACAUGUGUCACUGUAAUGUAUAUUUAAUGAUUUAUAAGGCAUGUUAUUACCGUAAACAUUAGUAUGACAUAAUGACGACGGGGAAUAUUAUCAACAAACGUAUUGUGGGAUCAGGUCUCGAAUUAUUUAUUCUUGGUUGUAGUGAGAUAUAUUUUGAAACAAAUCUUAUGGUUGCAAAUAUCACUCUAGCCUAGGCUUAAAAAGAUUUGACGGCUAACAACAUUAAAUUCUAUUUUUUACACUUGCUUAGUAUUCAAAACGUGAUCUUACGAUAAUUUGUCUUAGGCUUGUUGAUUUAUACAAUGCCCCUUAUAUGUGUAAUCAUCUUUGCUGUCUUACUUACUUACGCACACACACACACACACACACACACACGCACACACGCACACAGGCACACACGCACACACGCACACGCACACACACACACACACACACACAUAUAUAUAUAUGUAUAGUCUUGCGUUUAAUUUGAUGUAGGGUUGAAACUGAAUAACAUGUUAACAACGAACGAACGAAUGAAUGAAUAGAUGCAUGGAUGGAUGAUGGAUGGGUGGAUGGAUGAAUUAAUGAAUGAUUGAAUAAAUAAAUGAAUGGAUGGAUGGAUGGAAAGAGUCGAUGAAAUCUUUUUCACAAUGCAUGAACAUUCAAAUGAUGCACACUUGAACUGAGAACUGUGCUCUCUUAAAUAUUCCAUUUAUGUGUGCCAAUAUGUAGUUUUAUGACGACACAGUAAA